CUUCCUGUUGAAUUGAUUCCAGCAGUGAAGCCGUUUGAAAGGUCGCCACUAACUUUUUACAUUAACCAUCAAAAGACAAAGAGGCACCAAAUACCUUCGUCGAAAUGUGUUAACAGAGAGGUUGGCAGCAAGUGAGUCAAGUUCACAGUGUUUAUUCGUUACGCGUCAACAUGUUCGAGCCGGACACAGCAGCUAUCCUUCCCGGCGAGGAGGAGACGAAAUCUAUUGUCAUAGACGAUGACGCCAAGGCCUCCUUGGGCCACACAGAGGACACCUUGCCGCCACUGACCGCUGGGCUAGUGGGGCCGCCAUUUGCUUGCCCUCUGCCUGUGUCCGUGGAGCCCGUCAUGUUCCUGUCAGUGUUUGCUGUGGUUCUCCAGGCACCGCUGUCCACUCAGUAUCUGUGGGACAGAAUCAGUGAGGACCUCGGCUACAACGCCUCCAAGAGGCCGGCGUGUGGAAACAGCUCCGCUGAACCCGACGCUCUUCAGAAGGAGGUGGAAAAACUGACAGCGCACUGGAACCUCUACAUCAAUCUAGCAGGCUUUUCUGUAGGCUUGCUCGUGGUGCCGCUCCUGGGUUCAUGGAGCGACUUUGCAGGUCGUAGGCCAGUCCUCAUCGUUCCCAACUUGGGCCUGGCUAUACAAGUGGUGGUGUAUCUUGUGGUGAUGUACCUGAAGCUGCCUGUGGCCUACUUCCUGGUGGGCAGACUGCUCAGUGGACUAUUGGGUGAUUUCAAUGCUAUCUUGGCUGCGUGCUUUGCGUAUGUGGCGGAUACCAGCGAGAGAAAGUCCCGCACCUUCAGAGUAGCGAUCUUAGAGGCUUGUAUAGGUCUUUCAGGGAUGUUUGCCAGCAUCAUUGGAGGGCAUUGGAGGCGAAUGCAAGGUUACAUCAACCCCUUCUGGUUGGUUUUGGCCACUAGCCUGGCAUCAGCUCUGUAUGCCUUCCUGUUUGUCCCCGAAUCUGUUGUGAAAGACCCGAGCGCCAAGCUUCUCAGCCCUCGCCAUCACAAGGCCGUGUGGCACAUUUUCUCCACUGGAGGCUGUGAGGGUGGCGGAAGAUUCCAGAGAUGCAAGCUGUGGCUCUAUAUGCUCUGCUUCUUCCUGGUGGUCACCGUGCACACGGGGAGCCGCGAGCUGUUUGUUUUGUACGAACUGAGCCCGCCGCUGUGCUGGGGGCCGACCCUCAUCGGCUACGGCUCAGCAGCUCUACACCUGGCCUACCUGAGCAGCCUGCUCGGGCUGAAGGUCAUGCAGUAUUGCCUAGAGGACUCGUGGGUGGCUGUCAUUGGACUGGCCUCCAACAUCACUGGGCUGGUGGUUUUCGUUGUAGCCAACACCACCAAACUCAUGUUCGCAGGUUACGGUCUGUUGUUCUUCUUUGUGGCUGCUACACCUGUGCUCCGGUCCAAGCUGUCCAAGCUGGUGAGCCAGUCUGAGCAAGGUGCACUGUUUUCCUCUGUGGCCUGUGUGGAGAGCUUGUGUUUCCUGGUGGGUAGUGGUCUUUUCAACGCCCUCUACCCAGCCACACUGCACUUCAUGAAGGGCUUUGCUUUCCUCUUUGCUGCCAUCAUCCUCUUCGUCCCCGCUGGAAUAAUUGGGAGCCUGCGGUGUUUAGAGCGGAGAGAACUAAGUGACUCCACAGCAUCCUGACCUCCACAAUGGCAAAGAUGUGAGGUUCCUCUUCUUGUGUGAGAGCAUUCCAUAGAUGAGUGAUCAUGCCCAGUUUUACUUGAAAGUGGGAAGAAUCAACCAUUUAGUGACUGACUACACGAAAAAGUAUGCUUGAACAUGGAAAAGCACAAUGAAGGGAAAACUUUUUAACUAGAUCGUUGUUGCAUUUGUAAGAUGUUUUUAGGAUUUUAUUCCUUUGAUUUAUACAUAUGUGAAAAGUGCCUGAGAGCAUUACUCAGCUAAUGAAUUUUUUUUAUAUUUUUUUCAAUUAAAAAAAACAAACAAAUGUCAAUUUAAGUAAUCAUAUUUUAAUCUGUCCAAUCAGCACAUGCACUGGCAAUAAUCAGUAGAUGUGACUGCUCUGUUAUUGUUUAAAUUACUUUUUUAAAUCUCAAGGUAAAAAAAAAAAAUAUGUAAAAAGUUACUGUAAUGUACAACGGUAAUUUCUAACAUCAUUUUAAAUGGAGACGUACAGUGUUUUAAUUAGUGGGCUAUAAAAUGUUAAUUUAUACUUGGGUACAUCCUUAACUUACUGUUUGCACAUGUCAUGCGGUACAUAUUAAUUUCAGAUAUGUGCGCAUGAAUACAUGAUGAUGUCAAUAAUUGACAGCAGACCAAAAGGGACCAGUAGCAGCAGUUGGGGAUUACUGAGUUACAGCUCCACCCCCUGCUGACCUCCUCAAAGCAGAUGGUCCAACACUGGAUAGUCCCCAAGCACACAGGCAAAACAAAACAUGACUCAGGGUCACGUCCUAGAAGUACUGUGAGCUGCCAAAUCAGCUUUAAAAUGCACUAAGGGAAGUGUAGAGGUCAUGCAGCAUAUCGGCUUGUUUGGAUUAAUCUGCUUGUUUUCUUCAAUCUGAAGGCACUGGACACACUUUACAAUACUGUCAAUACCGUCUUUGUACAUGUAUACAGCACAUAUAAUAUACAGGGUGGGCCAGUAUACAGUAUAUAUUAGGGCUGUCAAAAAUACCGUGUUAAUGGCGGUAACUAUUAUAUUUCAUUAAUUACGCUCAAUGUUUUAGCAUAAUUAACCCACACGCAUCAUGGUAAGUCACGGCUCUCUGUUAUGACAACAGACGGCGGCACAGUCUAGCGCCUCACAGAGGCACUCAGUGUCUGACGUGUUAAUAUUUGCCAUACAGUUUAUACUUUAUUCUUACCUGAACACAACAGCAGUGCAGCUCCAACACCAUAUAUGUUUCUCCUACUCCAAACAAACACGUCUCUAGUCCAUUCAUUGCAACAACGCUUCUUCGUUGUCAUAAGACAAGACCGCGAGAUGCUUUCACUGACACUCCAAACAUCACAACGUCUUUAUUAUGCGUGUAUGGGUGGUCUAAAUAAACAGAAAUGUAAUGAAAAUCAAUAAGUGGAUAUUCUUAUCACACUCACUUUGUUACUCUUACUGCGGAAGUACAAUUUGCAGCGUGUCGGCAGGAGACGCUCCCAGUCAGUCGAGCGGAGCGCUCAUAAGUCACACAGCAACACUUACAGAUUUUGGAACUCGGUACACACAUGAGGCGUGCCGCAUUAUAAGGCGCCACACCCAUUUUGGACAAAAUUUAAGACUUUUAAGCUCGCCUUAUGGUCGUGAAAAUACGGGAUGCUGGAAAAUACACUGAAAACAAUUCAAUUUACCUUUAAUUACAUGAUGCCUUUGAACGCAACCCCUCAUUGCUCGUAGUAACACCGUUUAAAGUGUUCAAAUGUUCUGCUGCUAUGAAAGAGACGAGUGUUAGACAAACAGAUUUUUAGACUUGUGUGGUAUGUUUUAGCUUGACUGACAUAUUCAGUUCAUUUGGAGCUGUUAAUACAUACAAAUGUAUAUAAUCCUGUCCUGACAUUUAUCUUUCAUUUUUACUGUAUUUAAUGAACUUUCUGUUCAUUAAAUACAGUUAAAAUGAGCAUAUUUAAGACAUAGUUGAUCAUGGUGAUUAAUCGUGAUUAUUUCAUUUAAAACUGAUUAAUCUGAUUUAAAAUUAGUAAUAAUUUGACACCCCCAAUAUAUAUAUAUAUCUAUACUUGUUUUUUCUUGUACUUUUUUAUAUGAAUUUAGCCUCUUUCCCGCUUUUAUUUAGACUGGUAACAGCAGUAGCAUUUAUUAUAUCAUAUUUUAGGAAAACAGUUGUUGCUGUUCAAUACAAGCAUACUUCUCCAGAUUCUGUGAGCCAAAACACAAAAGAAAAUACAUUUUUAUUGGGUUUUUUUUCUUUCCCUGAAAAACGCUGACAAAUUUUGGAGAUACAUGCUUUUCAUUCUGUAGAAUCACCUUAAAACCUUGCAAAAGAGUGCAUGUAAUUUUUAUAAUACAUUUGAUAUGCACUUUACGGCUUACAUUUUUAAAUUUUAAAAAAAUGCUGCACAGAAUGUGUUUGUCAGGCUACAGUUCUUUUAUUGAAUAAUAAAAGAUGGCGUUUGACAAAGAUGAAAUCCCUUACCCACCUCUCUGCAUCACCUAAGGUGUUAUGUCCCUGUGCUUCCUGUUUGUGUUCUCUCUGUUGUACAUGUAUUUUAGUCCUUUACACUUUACGUUAAAUACACAGACGAUGCGUCUCCCCCAGGCGACUAAUAUUUGCUCAGUAUCAAUACCCACCGCAGUGGAGAAUAGAAGCAAAUCUUAAAUCUGAAUCAGUAGUUUCACAGAUGACAUGACAUCCUAGUGCAAGUUCCAAAGCCAGGGUCCAAUGCACCGUGUAUAUAUAGCAAGAAUUAUGAGAAAUAAUUAUGAAAAAUUGCUAUGUAAACUUAAAUGACAUGAGAUUGGGGUAUACAGUAGUUUACGUAUGAGCAUGUUGAACCGUCUACUGUUCCUGAGACACAAAAGGCGUAUUCUGUACCUGAUAUCACAUCCUCACCGGUAUGAAGCGAUUAAGGUUAAGGGGUCACAGCUUUUAUGGGCAGUCCUCUUUUAGUCUUCAUUGUAUUGUUUGCAAUAUAUCAUCACACAAGUGUGGUCUUAACAUGGUCAGGUUAGCGUCACAUGCGCAUGGGAUGAGCAGGAGAAGACUGCCGGCCAGUUCGGUAGAUUUUUGGCGUCAUUUGGGAGUUAUUACAACCUGGAUGUUUUUAUUUCUUCUUCUGCUCUUUGGAGCUAUCCAGUAGGUCUUGGUUUCCCUUAAGAAAGCGCAGGAUCUUCUCAAUUGUGGCCUCCUGAUAUUCAUGGGACCACCUGUGUCAAGAAAAAAGGCACGAUUUUGCACAUAUGAUGUACCGUACACAAUAGGCAAACAUGAUCAGUUGUCGCUUGUAUUCCUCAAACAUGAAUAAGUGUAUGAGCAGAGCAGAGAGAGUGUACUGGUCGAGAACAUAAUAGCUACUUACUUGAUACCAUUGAAGUUGAGAAUUGAUCUCAUGUCCUCUGGCAGAGACAUUGGGUCAGGCCAAGCAAAAUUGUCUGUGACCGGAACAAUGUUCUUCUUCCCCGCCAAGGCUGUGACUAUUUCCUGCAAGUUCCAGUCAUUAAACACGCAGACAAAUUCAGACUAAAGACUACAGAUGGAAAUGAGCUGAAUGCUAAAUCUGGUGCACCCAUUGAUUCUAAAUGAAUAAUGUAAAGUGCACAAAAAAUAAUACAAAAAUAUUUCCUAUCAAGAGAUUAAAUUGAAUCACUGCACUUAUAUGAAAAGAUACUCCAAAAUCAGUCAUCUGACCUUAUGCACCCAGUCCUUCAUCGCGGUGUCUCCCAUGCACUUGUCCAGAGCGUUGGCAGACAGGACCAGGAUGAAGUUCCGUGCACGUUGGACGCUUUGAAUCAGUUUGUCCUCAAAUUUCCCGGCCUCCAGCUUCUCCACAUCGAUGAAGACGCUGAACCCCCGAACCUGCAGGUGCACCUUCAGGAGGCUUUUGGUGACGAAGAAAUGAGGAAUGUCCUUGUAGUUAUAACAAAGCGUCACUUACGUUCUCCACUAUUGUGGUGUAGUUCUGACCUUGCCAGUUGUGAUCCCGUGGUGCGGCGGUAGCUGAUGAACACAUCAGGCCCUGCAGGUUGGGCGUCUGUGUUGCAGGGUCUAAGCGGCUUACGACUCACCGCCAAGAUCUUGGCCCUGUGGACUCCGUUGAGUAUGUGGCAGUCGUUCAGGAGCUGCUGAUCCGUCAGGCUCUGGAUGUUGUUGCGGUCCACUCCCGACUGGACGAGGCCGUAGGUGUAUUGACGGAAACGAGGGUCUGCCUCCGUCAACCAGUCGGCCAUGUUGUGUGGGUCGCAUGUGGCGUAGUUGGCGUAGGUUUUUAGCACGCGCAGGUCUCUUAGGAACCUGAAGCAAAGACAAUACAGAAGUACCACCAAAGAAUUUUUAUAUUUUAGGGAAAAUAGGUAGUAAAACCAUCAUUAUAUGAUGUCAUGCAACACAUCAGCAAUGAAGGCCCGGAGCCGCACAGAAACCACUGAUGUAAAGGGACCACUGAUGUAAAGCACGUGCGGUUCUGGUUUUGCUUUUACUCGGUUCCUGCACAGGAAAGUUUGUUUCACUUGCCUUUUUCGGCAGAGGCCAGCAGUCAUGCCAAGGUCCGUAAUCAGAUCCUGCUCUGUGAUGUUCAGCAGGAGGUCUCCAUCCACCUGCAGCUCCUGGUUAAUGACAAAUAAAUCAAUAAAUAUGCCAAAUGAUGAUGUCAUGAACAGAAUUAGUAGAAAAACUGACCUGGAAGCGAUCGCAGAAGGUACUGAAGCCGACCUGCUGCAGCCAGGUCUGCACCUCGCACGUCUUCCAGUUGGGCACACUUGACAGAAUACGCUUGGGUACUUCCUCUCCCAUCAUUCUCAACGCCCGCUUGGCCAGGGAACUUGCUGUGCCGUUACUGGAGUACAUGACAAUUCUUUUUAGGCUUUGUACCGCUCCAAUCUCUUGGAAAAUCUGGAAAGAAGGGUGAGAAGGUCUCAAAAGAUGGUGGACAGAGAGUGGACAGUGUGUGUACCUUAGUAUUGCGUUGACGGGAUUUGAUGCUGGUCUCAACACAGAGGUAGAAGGCCGCGAUGCACUUGCCCUCCAGUCGAGUGCCAUCCAGCAACGGCAGGAGGUGCUGCAGGUCGGAUGCCGUCUUCCCCUGCAUGCAGUCGGCGCUGUCUGACAAACUGCGAGCAAAGUCGUCUGGAUCCAGCGAUGCGAUGAAGGGCUCCACGAGCUCCAAGGUGCCAGAUUUCACCACCUCCUUUUCAAUUUCCCUAUUGGCCGCUAAAACAGUAACAGCCAGGCACGCGUGGAAGCGGAUGAGUUCAUCCUCUUUGGAGAAGGCCAGAGGAAAGAGCCACUCGGCCGCCUGCUUCUCAAUCAUCCAUCUCUGGCAGCGGUGGCCUCCGUACAUGGCGCAGUUGGCCAAGGCCACGGCACAGUGACGCAGCACGGUGGGGUCCGUGCCUCUGCACCAGUAGAGGAGAGCAUCCAGGGCGCCGUUAGUGAUCAGGUGGACGGACGUCUCCUCUGUGUGUUUGAACAUGUGCUCCAAGAUCCCUGACACGCUGCGAGCCAGCUGCGCAUCCUCCUGUUGUCGAGUCAGGUUGAGGAUGACCCCCAGUCCCAGGCGGGCUACAUAAUCUCUGUGGAGAUAAAUAUUCUAUUUCACCGCGUACACUCGCUCAGUUUGGCUGAACAAGAGGAUUUCACAUUAAAGGCACAUGAGAGUCGAGAGAGUCGGCUGUGGUAUGAUGUCUUUACAAAUACCAAUGCAUGGUUGUCGACGACCACAGUGUAUCCCACUGGGCAUCCUCUAAUUAGUUUCCAUUGAUUUACUGAUUGGCUUGCCACAAUGUAAUGAGAUACAAUACAACUUUACUUUUGAUUAAAAUCAUCACCUACUUCAUAACAUGGUUUAUAAUUGUAGUGCAGCAUACUGACAGCUGUUUCUAAUAUUUUGGUCUACAUAUCCCAGUCAGGAUAGGCUCCAGCUCCCACUCCAUCCAUGACACUGAACAGAAUAAGUAGCAUAGGACAUGGAUGUUCUCUUAUAUCCGGGGUGCACAGGGACAGGAAGUGCUUCUGGAGUUACGCAUGUAUUGGGUUUUCUUCUCCUUAAAGGCACUUUUCAUAAUCUCAUAAAAUCAAAAUAGAUCUUUCCCAUGUAGGAAUGAACAACGUGACAUUAAACAUGUAUUUCUAGUAGUCUAUAGUGGAGAGGAAGAACGGGAGUCAAUCAAACCAAUAAAAUGACAGAAGCACGUGUGUACCAGGGUGGGACUAGCAAUAAAAAGCUAAUGUAUUACAAAAGCAUCUUGAUAAUAUUGUCCUGGUGUCAUUCCUUAUGUGUUUAUUGCUGGUUGGCACGGCAUGUUAUUCACUAUUGUACCAUUCCGCUUGGAAUGCUAUAAAUGUUCUCUAUCAUAUUGUGGCACGACGGUGUGUAGAUGUGUAUGUAAAAUACCCGGAGAAACAUUACGCCACAUCCCACGAGACCACAUUGUCCGUGGGAGGUUCAUUGACGUAAUGAAACUGUUUAUGUUGAAAUGGUUUUUGUGGGGCGUUCAAAUUGCUGUUCAUUAGUAUUAUUAUUAUAAUUAUAUAUGUGCCCUACAGCCUUCGGCGUGUGCAUUAAUCCGGGCUGCAAAUAUAGCUCACGUGAUGCAAUACAGUGUAAACAACCUCUACAAGCGUUGACUUGCAAAAGAGAAAUAAAUAAUGAAGUAAAGGUUAAAAAUAAGCCUUAAACCUGCGUAACGUAUGCUAUUAGUUGUAAGAGUGGAAGUAUGUGCAAGUGUGCAUUCUUUACAAAGGCAGCUGUUGCAUUGGCAUUAGAUUGUGCAAGUGUACCUAAUGUAUUGGCCGGUACCUGUUCUCUG